AUGACGUGCAUAAAUGACAACAGGCUGAAUCCUUCAAGAAGGCAUCCAAACCACGAUAAACUUCACAAGGUCAGACCUCUUAUAACCUUUCUGAACAACACAAUUCGUAAGCCAUACACUGCUAGUGUGGAUGAAAGCACGAUACCUUUCAAGCAAUGGUCUUCGCACAAGCAGUAUAUGCCUCUCAAGCCAGUAAAACGAGGAUACAAGGUAUGGUAUUUAGCAGAUUCAAAGACUGGCUAUGUCAUCAAAUUUGAUAUUUACACAGGAAAAUCAAAUGACGGAUGUACAGAAAAUUCUCUGGGAGAGCACGUAGUCAUUAGCCUCACCCAAGACCUGAAAUAUAGUAACAGUUUAGUAGCGUUUGACAACUUCGUCACCAAAGUGAAUCUAAUGCAAAUGAUUUUGAACAGUGGAAUAUACUCUAUAGGGACUGUCAGAGCAAACUGGAAAGGGCUUCCUUCAGUGAUGAAAGAUAAAUGUACCUUGAAAAGAGGAGAAUUUCAGUUUCAAUUUAAACGUGGCACUGCAGUUAUAAAAUGGAUGGACAACAAAACUGUCGCUAUUUUGACAACUUCAGACAAUCCUAGUGAUACCACACUUGUCUCAAGAAAGAAUAGGGGUGGCACAACCAGCAUGGUUACGUGUCCCACAGCUGUGGCAACAUACAAUACCAUAAUGGGAGGUGUAGAUCACUUUUAUCAGCUUAGAGAACGUUACGCAAUAGGUCGACGUUCUCGUAAGUGGUGGCAUCGGAUUCUCUACUUCCUAUUAGACAUGGCAGUUGUAAAUGCCUUUAUAAUGUACAAAACUAAUAAAGGACAUUUUGAGCUUUUCAUUGUUCUGAUUUAG